UCGUAGCUGCCGCCACCAUUCCCUCGCACACCCUGUCCGAAAGAGCCAUGAAGGCAGACCCUGUUCCACACUGGAAGACAGCUGGCCUCUUUUUCCUGGGGCUCCUUGGUUUUGCUUCUGCAACCGAAAGAGCCGUCUACACAAAUCAUUUUUUGGUUGAGUUUCACAAAGGGGGAGAAGCAGAAGCCAGGCAACUUGCUGCAGAAUAUGGCUUUAAUGGGGUCAGGAAGCUUCCCUUUGUUGAGGAUGGCUACCACUUUUUUCAUCAUGGCUUGGCCAAGGGUCAGAGGCGGCGCAGUCUUCAGCAUCAGCUUCACUUAGAAAAAGAUCCCAGGGUAAAGAAGGCUGUGCAGCAAGAAGGCUUUGGCCGGAGGAAGAGAGGAUACAGGGAUAUCAAUGAAAUUGACAUCAACAUGAAUGAUCCUUUAUUUACAAAGCAGUGGUACUUGAUCAACACUGGGCAAGCAGAUGGGACUCCUGGACUUGAUUUGAAUGUGGCUGAAGCGUGGGAGCUGGGUUACACGGGCAAAGGAGUAACUAUAGGAAUCAUGGAUGAUGGGAUUGAUUAUCUUCAUCCAGAUCUUGCUUCCAACUAUAAUGCCCAAGCCAGCUAUGAUUUCAGUAGUAAUGACCCAUAUCCGUAUCCUCGCUAUACAGAUGAUUGGUUUAACAGUCAUGGAACCAGAUGUGCUGGGGAAGUAUCUGCUGCAGCGAACAACAAUAUCUGUGGAGUAGGAGUGGCAUAUAAUUCAAAGGUGGCAGGUAUCCGAAUGCUCGACCAGCCAUUUAUGACUGAUAUUAUCGAGGCUUCCUCUAUCAGCCACAUGCCUCAAGUAAUAGAUAUCUACAGUGCCAGCUGGGGCCCUACUGAUAAUGGUAAGACGGUGGAUGGACCAAGAGAGCUAACUUUGCAAGCUAUGGCAGAUGGGGUGAAUAAGGGUCGUGCUGGCAAGGGAAGCAUCUAUGUGUGGGCCUCUGGAGAUGGAGGAAGUUACGAUGAUUGUAACUGUGAUGGCUAUGCAUCCAGCAUGUGGACCAUUUCCAUCAAUUCAGCUAUUAAUGAUGGCCGAACAGCAUUAUACGAUGAAAGUUGCUCCUCAACUUUGGCCUCUACUUUUAGCAAUGGAAGAAAGAGAAAUCCUGAAGCUGGUGUGGCUACAACAGAUUUGUAUGGCAACUGUACAUUACGCCACUCUGGAACAUCUGCAGCUGCACCAGAGGCUGCCGGAGUAUUUGCACUUGCGCUGGAGGCAAAUGUGGAUCUGACGUGGAGAGACAUGCAACAUUUAACCGUUCUCACCUCCAAAAGGAACCAGCUUCAUGAUGAAGUUCAUCAAUGGCGAAGAAAUGGUGUUGGCCUAGAAUUCAACCACUUGUUUGGCUAUGGUGUUCUUGAUGCUGGGGCAAUGGUUACAAUGGCUAAAGACUGGAAGACUGUUCCAGAGAGGUUUCACUGUGUUGGUGGAUCAAUACAAGAGCCUCAGAAAAUCCCAUCCAGUGGCAAGUUGGUUCUGACUCUUACAACAGAUGCUUGCGAGGGGAAGGAGAACUUUGUCCGUUACCUUGAACACGUCCAGGCGGUUAUAACAGUGAACUCUACCAGGAGAGGGGACUUGAAUAUCAACAUGACUUCACCAAUGGGGACUAAAUCCAUUUUACUGAGUCGACGCCCAAGAGAUGAUGAUUCCAAGGUGGGCUUUGACAAAUGGCCUUUCAUGACAACACAUUCUUGGGGAGAAGACCCCAGAGGUACUUGGGUUCUGGAAGCUGGGUUUGUUGGUAUUCUGCCCCAGAAGGGUGUCCUCAAGGAAUGGACAUUAAUGCUACAUGGAACACAAAGCGCACCCUACAUUGACCAAAUAGUAAAAGAUUACCAGUCUAAAUUGGCCAUGUCCAAGAAGGAGGAGUUGGAAGAGGAAUUAGAUGAAGCAGUAGAGAGAAGUCUGAAGAGUAUAUUGAGCAAGAACUAGCACUGCUUUGCAUGUCAGGCAACCUCCUUUCCCUUUUCCUUUCCUAAAUAUUUCCAUUAGCCAUAUUCCAGUUAUUGUCUCUAGAUCAUUCUCCCAACUUUCUGAUUUUAGAGUUGUCUAUGUUGCCUAAUUUAAUUACAGUGGAAACUUUUGAAUUUUGAGUCACAAAUAUAUUAUUACCCACCAACUACUUCGUAAGAGUGGAUGACUAUAACUAUCUUUGUUUCAGGGUUGGGAUAUUUUUGGGUAGGAUUUUUAUUUUUAUUCUUUAAAGUGACAUGCAAAAACUGAUAACCAACAAAAUUGUGACUGCAUUCCUCUUCCUAUUAUUAUUA